AGAUCUUUGUUCAGACUGUAAUUUAUUCCACAUCAUUUAGCAAUGUGUGUAUAUUUUAGCCCUUAAUAUGUCGUUUUAUAUUUUAUGCAUUUGCUGUUGCAGACACUGCCCCAACGUGGUUAGCGGAAAGGAAAUUGGUUUGUUAAACAUCUGUAAAAACCGCUGGGGCCGAGUGGUAAUGUAGCUGAAAGGUAGAAUCCGUGUCGAGCUGGCGACAAUUAAACAUAUGAUUUCCGGUGCAAAGCCUCAAAGUAAAAUACGUUUUCAAAUCUAUCUGAGUGAAAGCGCACCCAAGUCUGGCUGUGGGCGCGAGUGAAGGCGGUCUCGUCGUCCAAGACUGUCGGCAGAAAUGAAGAGCCAACAGAAAAGCCCUGAACCCGAUGGGAGUGUCACCGUCAACGAGGAAGGGUCCGUAGCCACGGCAGAAGACCCGGCAGCUAUUGCCACCAUUCAGUCUGCUGCCACCUUCACUGACCAACCCAUCAAAUAUCUCUUCAAGACAGAAGGAGCAGGUGGACAGGUGACCUACAGAGUGAUCCAGGUGUCAGAUGGCCAGUUGGAGGGUCAGACAGAUGGAGCUGCAGCGGUCAGUCUGGUCACUGGUUUCCCCGCAACCACCCAGACUGUCACACAGGCUGUGUUCUCCCAGCCUGAGGGGUUGGAAGAGGACGGCAGCACAGAGACGCAGUACACCUACUACCCUGCCACCAUCGCAGAUGCCACCACUGGCACCAUGGUGACCACAGUGCAGGCCUCCGACACACUGCUGGGCCAGACCACACCCACAGGGCAGCUUUAUGUGAUGAUGUCACCCCAGGAAGUUUUGACGGGUUCCAAUCAAAGGACAAUCGCACCUCGCACUCAGCCAUACAUAGCAAAGGAAGAGGCUCCUCGGGGUUCCAGAGAUGAUAAACGGCGAGCUCAGCACAAUGAAGUUGAGCGCCGGCGCAGGGACAAGAUCAACAACUGGAUUGUGCAGCUGUCAAAGGCCAUCCCAGACUGUAACAUCGACUAUACCAAGACAGGACAGAGUAAAGGAGGUAUCUUGUCCAAAGCCUGUGAUUACAUCAAGGAGCUCCGACAGAGCAACCUGAAGCUGGGGGAAGAUAUCAGCACUCUGGAUCGUCUCAGGAUUGACAACCAGCUACUUAGACAGGAGGUGGAAGACUGGAAGUCCAAGAAUCAGAUCCUGAGGAACCUGCUGCGACAGCAUGGCAUUGUGGGAUCAUCCAGCACAGACCCCCAGUGAGAAGCCUGAUGCCAACGGGUAUUUGAAGAAAACCACAUAUGGGCCAAAUGAGUACUUGAAAUGCUUUGAGAUACUUUAUUUGUGAUCGAGAGCGCAUGAAAAAGGGGGAAAUAAUUGAAUAUUGUAAUUUAUAUUCAAAUACAGCUUCUUUGCCUAAUGACACACUUGAAUAUUAUCUUUGAAGCUUUUUACAAAAUUGAAACCUUUUGCCUGGAAAAAAACAACAACUUUAGUUGCAGAAGUCAUUCGUUAAACAAAGCCCUCAUUGAAUGCCUUCCUCCACAAACAUUAUGAUUGUUCAUUAACCUCCAGUGCAGUAAGCUCUAAAACAUGACCAGCUACUUAUGUCACUUUCUUUUUCUUAACCUCUGUAGUACUGUGCUUCUCUGCAUCAAAUGCACUCAUGUUAAUGUCUCAGAAAAACAUUGUAUCCAUGCUUUGACUUGUUUUCAUCUGAUCAAUAUCACUUUGAGCAGUUGAUACCAAGUUCAUACUUCAGCUCUUUUGCUUUGUAUUUUUGUAUGUUUCAUGAAACCUCACUGGGGACAAUAAUUGCAUUGCAACCAUUUAACUAUCUAAAUAAACAGGUAAGCAUUGCAUUGUAGGUAGGCUAUGUAUGUCUUUAUAAUAAAAAAUAAAUAAAAAAUAAAAUAAUAUACUGUAUGUCAUAAGCCACUUUCAGUUGUGUUUACUAAAGUUGAUAAAUUGAUAAAAUAUG